GUCCAGAAUUUGCCAGAAUCUUCCUGAAUACGAUGGACGAUGGGGCGUUUCAUACGCCACGUCGUCUGUCGUACCUUGCUGUACUUGGGUUGCUCGGGGCGACAUCUAGUCGUCCCGAGAAAAGUUCGAAGUCCGCGGGCGACAUCUGUUCGACCCGGGACACCCGUCAAGCGCUGAACUUCUUUGUAGAAAGCAACCUGGUCUUCAGCAAGCAGCCCCUCUUCAGCAGAAAUGACAUCUGCCAAGGGUUCCUGCUUUGUUUCGGGCUCGACGGCACUAAACAGCAAUUUACAUUCCCCUCCGUCGACAUGGACAGUGUGAUCGCAAUGGUUACAGAUCAGAUCCUUGGAAAGCCGUCGAUGUCACCCGGAAAUGAAUGGCACUUCGCCGUAGACAGCCCAGAGAAGACUGAUGAAUGGGUUUCCUCGCUGCGACGUGCCUCCCAGACCUGCGAUGCUCCUGAAAAUUUGAUGGAAUUCUGAACAGUUUCUUUCACUUUUCAAUGAUUUUAGGUUCAUUUGGCGAGCAAUGAUUCUCUGAUGAACUAAAGGGGAUUUAUAUUGGAGCUUUGGCAUUGAACCUUUUCUGCUCUCGCGGGUAAUUAUUGCUCUUAACACGGUGACUGCGUUGCGCAGCAAGGUUACCCUAUUGCACAAGUAAGAUAUUGUCUUGAUCAUUUUUAUUAAAUCUAUAUGCAGAUGUCGCUCUUCCACAUCCGGUUGAGGCUAAUGUUCACUGUACACACUGUAUACGAAUCGAUUGUUCGCUCCAGCAGUUUAUUUGCUGAGUAGGGUCUAGCAUGGAAAGUCUGCCUCAAAUAUCUUCAUGAGCUGGUGGCAUAGCUGAAUCAUUACGAGCGCAUUUUUUUGCAGAACUAUUCAAUUCCAAUAUUUCGUUUAUAUAGAGUACCGUAAAUGCUUGUCGUAUACGUUUCGGUCAUUAUUAUUAUAUUCAAAUGUGCUUGCUGUCUCAUCGACGGGUCUUCUCGAGAUCAAUUCAUUGUAUUAUAUUUUCUUGAACACAUUUGUGUCAAAUGAGGCAAAGUGUUGAAUUAUGUCCUUUGCCGUUCAGGCAGUAUAACGUCCAUCGUCUGCAAUGGAUUCUUUUAACGUGAAUCUCAAAGCGUAUAGGAAAUGAUCAGCAGGAUUUUUUUCGGCAUUCAUUGAUGGUUUUGCUCUUGUGAUGAAUCAAAAUUCCGGUUGGACUUUUGUAGCAUCAAAGUGUGAAACAGUUCUGUGACUUUUUUUUUUCAAUCGGUCCGUGCAUGUGUAUAUUUUCGUGCGCCAAUCUGCCGCAUGGGACUGCUGAACCCUCUGAUUGUAAUUGGCUGUGAUUCCCUGGUUUUUGCGCUGUUAGGGAAGUUUGAAGCUUUUUUGUGGAGCUCGUGGGCAAAUAAAGAGUUAAUCUACGAAUA